AGCGUCCUGGCGGAGUUGAAAUCCACAAUUUCCCAGCUCUGCGCCCCGGGAAAGGGUUUCCUUGCUGGCGACGUCGCCGCAGAGCCUGAUGUUCUUGAUAAACGCGUUGCGUACUUGGCAUUGUGCUUCGGUGCACCGGAUUUGAGCGAGUACGUCAGCGGAGUGAUCUUGGACUGGGAGGUGCUCUUCCGAAAUGACGCAACCGGGAAGCCGAUAGUCAACAUCAUUACUGGGAAUGACAUGGUUCCAGGUACCAAGGUGGACAAGGGCUACAACAAGAAGGGCAUGUGGAACACUAGCGUCGGGCCAUUGGGCCAGCCCGAAGUGCGUGCCGUUGGGCUCAAUGACCUUCAGGAGAGAUGCGCUGAAGCGUAUGCGAAGGGAGCUCGUUUCGCCAAGUGGCGCAACGUCCUCCAACUCCACUUCGAGGAGGGGUUGCCAAGUGGCGUUGCCAUUGCAGACACGGUACGCACCCUGGCGCGCUACGUUUCCAUUUGCCAGAGUGAGAAAUUGGUGCCUAUCGUUGCAAUUGAGGUUUUGCCCGAAGGAGAACACGACAUUUCUUAUUGCUCGGAAGUGACCGAGAAAGUGUUGGCAGCCCAGUUCAAGGCUUUCGCAGAUCACCACGUUUACCUGGAAGGCUGCCUCCUGAAGAUGAACGCGACUGGCCUGGAGCAGGACAACGAGGAAGUAGCUACCAUGUACCUGAGCACGAUGAACAAGCUGUUCAAGGACAAGUUGCCCUGGCUCCUCUCCUUUUCGUAUGGCGAGUCUUUGCAGAAAACACACUUCGAGACCUGGCCUCGCCAGGAGAAGAUCAAGGAUGAUGCUCGGAUGGCGCUAAUAGCGAGGGCCAACGCAACCUUCGAUGCAGUCAUGGGCAAGUACACAGUGGAGCGGGGUUCAGACGAGGCGGCCGCCAAGCGGCGCAAAAUCAACGCGUCCUCGUGGCAGUCGGGCACGUACGGGCGCGAGCUGCUGCAGGGAGAGGCCGCUUGCAUCGCCGCAGUCAGGGCGUCAGAACUCUCAGCAGAGCCCGCCCCGAGCACGCCCGACAUGGCCCCCAGCCGCGGCGGCCCCUGCAUGGACGGAGGGGCGCCUCCGCUGUGGGCGACACUGCUCACGGCCUGGGGGGCGACCUGGAGCGCCUGCUGGAGUUGGGGCUGGGGCGGAGUCACCACCCAGGCGGCUCACGCGGCGCCGUUCGCGACCUCCGGCCACUGCCAGGAGGACUCUGAGCGCUGCUCCUGCGACUGGGAGCUGCGCAAGAUCAUCGACCUCCAGCAGGAGGUCGGCCUCCUCCAGUCGGAGGUGUGGGCGCUGCGGUGCCUGCUGCUGGCCGGGCUCCUGCUGCUCGGCGCUGUGGCCUCUGGUGCUGGCACGCUGGGCUUCCUGGGCCCUCGACGCCGAGCCGCCGGCAGCUGUAGCCCGAUGGCAGACGUGCUGACGCUGGACAUCGGCGACCCGCAGAUCCUGGUCCACUACCCGGAUGACGAGAACGGCUUCCUCUGGCACCACAGAGUGUUGCUCUUCAGGGUGUCGGACGACAUCUGGAUCAGCUUGACCCCUGAUCUCGCCCUGGUGCGCUUGAAGCUGCUGGACAUCCGGCACGAGGUGCUGGAGAGGCGAGCCCCGUUCCCUGCCCACCUGGGCAACCAGGUCUAUGCCCACGACCCCAUCGCCGCCGCCGCCCUGGCGGGCUUCCGUCGCCGUGCGAAGAUCCAGGGGCAGCUGCUGGGCGUGGGCCAGGUGGACGUGGUCGAGAGGAUGAUCUGGGUGGUGGCCGAGCCCCGGUCGGCGAAGUUCGGCGAGGUGGUCGACUCGGCCAUCAUGGACGACGACGCCCGCGGCACGGGCUUCGACACGAAGGGGGUGGCGGUCGUGGACGGAGAGGAGAUCUUCGUGCAGAAGAUCGCGGCCAGCAAGCUCGACGACUUCAAGAAGGAGACCAAGGCGGACCUCGGAGACGUGCGUACGCUCGGGGACCACCUCGACGAUGCUGGGCAGCGCUGUCUGAGGCUCUCGGAGGCGGUCGCGCUGAUGAGAGACACGGAUCAGCCGAACUUCCCACUCGCCGGCGUGAGGAGCGUGAAGGGGUUCCUCGAGUCGGUGGUCUCCGGGCCUGGCAACAUGACGUCGUACCAGGCGGAGUGGGAGCGGCUCAGCGGAGUCGGUGAGGGUUCGGCAGUCAACCAUGUGCACCGCAACUUGUGCGAGGUGAUUCGGCUCAUGCACUCCUGGGACCAGGUCGACGCCUCCAUGUUGGCCUCUGCGGAGCUGAUCGUGCGCUGGCUGGUUCAAACGGAGAUAGCGGUAGAGCGCAACCCGCGCCACCCUGACUACAGCGGGCUGGACAUAGUGAUCUCGGCCCCGGUGAAUGCAGCGGGCCGCGCGACGACGAACAAGUUCAACUCCUGGGUCACUGACAAGCUCAAGGAGAGGGCGCAGAUCUGGAAGCAGGAGCGCCUGUACCGCGAGGAGCAGAAGACGAACCUGAAGGAGGGCAAGGGCGGCGACGGCUACGACCCGUCCAAGAAGAAGCUGAAGAAGAGAGGGGGCAAGGCCGGCGCCGAGGGCGCCGGCGAGGGAGCUCUGCGCGACAGCGGCAAGUUUUUUGACACGGUUCGGGCCCUGAACCAGCUUGCCGCCGCCAACGUGAAUUCACGUCGCGCCCAGGGGCACGACCGCGCACCAGAAGGGCACCUCCGGCCGACCGCCGUGCAGCAGUGGAUGAUCCAGAAUGUCGCCCGGCGUGUACUGGCGUAUGGGGAUUGCCCCACUGACCUCACAGAGGAGUCAUCGUUGCACGAGAUCCUCGACUCGAGAGACCACUACGGGAUGGAGCCCAAGAACUUGGCCAGCUUCGACUUCGACAAGGUCAAGAUCCUGCACAGGAAGGUCCACGUUCGGCCGAUACGCCGGGAGUUGCCCGCGUCGGCCGCUGGCUACCUUCGGCAUGCUUCCGACUUGAUCGAGAUGGACGAAGCGGAGCUUGAGAGAGAUCGUGCCGAGGGAGUGGGUGUCACGCCAUACUGGGACCCCCUCCUCCGGCGCUCGCGAGACCUUCGGAAGCGACUGUACCAGCGCCUGGACCAGCAGGGCCUGCUGACUUGGCGUCGGCGGCUGAAGGGGCAUGCGGGCAUCUUCGUGGUCAAGAAAAAGGACGGGCUCCAGAGGUUGAUCAUCGACGCCCGAGCGGCCAAUCGGGCGCAUCGGCCACCUCCCACUACUCGGCUAGGCUCCUCGCGAUGCAUGGCCGACCUCGACCUCUCCGACCCCCGCCUGAAGGCAUCGGGCUUCGGGGGCCUCGGCUCCGGGGCCUUCAGCCCAGCUGGCCGCGAGGGAGACGUCGGGGACUGUUUCUACAACUUCACCAUCCCCGAGCUGGCGAGCUGGUUCGGCUUCGCCGACCAGUUCGGCACCCACGAGCUGACGGAGAUGGGCUGCCUGCCGGACUCGAUCUGGGACGACGCCGAGGGGGCCGAGACCAAGGUCGUGGACGGCGAGCAGCUCUACCCCUGCAUGUGCGCGGUGUGCAUGGGCUGGUCCUGGGCGCUCUACUUCGCCAACGAGGCCGUGACCUACCGCGUCCAGCGGGCGCUGCCCGACGGGGCCGAGAAGGUGAUGAGGGAGAUGCAGCCUGCCCCGACCAUCGAGCCCGGCAAGUGCGUUGCCGGAGUGUACGUGGACAACGUGCAGGUGAUCGGAGGCUGCGAGGCUGACGCCAACACUCAGAUGCAUGAGAUCGAGAAUCUUUUUCGAGAGGACCGUAUACCUUUCGACGUGGAGCCGGGGGACAGUUUGGAGAUGCAGUCCCUCGGCCUGGUGUACCACUGGCAGGAGCGUCGCCUGAGGCAUGUGGCUCGGCGCGUCUGGCGGACCUACAUGGCCGGACACGCCCUUUUGAGACGCCGCAAGCUCCACGGGCACGCGCUCCAGUGCUGGCUGGGGCACGUCGUGAACCUGAACCAGCUCUGCCCCGAGGCGAUGUCCGCGCUGAACGCCUGCUACCGCUUCAUCGAGGAGUCGCUGGAGUCGCCCAAGCGGGUCUGGGUCUGGCCCUCCGUGAAGUCCGAGAUCCGCUGCUCGAUGAACUUGCUCUUCCUGAUGGAGGCGGACCUGGGCGCGACCUACUCGGACCAGGUGUGCUGCGGGGACUCGCCCGGCCGCGGCUACGCACUCCACGUGACGACCGCCGAGCCGACCGAGCUCCGAGAAGCCUGGAGGUGGAGAGAACGCUGGCGGUACCGCGACGUCCCGACAGUGACGGGCCACGUCAGCAACGGGCUCGACUACGUGCGCGGCGGCACGCCCGGCACCGCCACUGGCCCGAGGACCGCCUUCGGCCAGUCCCUGCUGAGUCAGGCGGAGGUGCCAGAGGAUGCGAGCGGCCUGGCUCCCUCUCCGGCCCGAAGCCGCGCUGCGAAGCCGGCUCGUGGCCGCACCCAGCUGCAUCUUGACUCGGGCAUCCCCGCCUUGGAGGACAGCUGGGUGGCCAGGCGCCGCUGCAAGCUGGUCGCCGCGGACCGCUGGCGCUGGCAGGACGAGCACAUCAACCUCAAGGAGGCGAGGGUCGCCUUGAUGGGGCUCCGACGGCACUGCCGAUCGGUGAAGUUCAUGGGCACAAAGCUGCUCUCGAUCAGCGACAGCCAGGUCACCGUCGGGGCCUUCGAGAAGGGUCGCUCCAGCGCGGGCCUGCAGGCCCUCUGCAGGCGCGCAGCCGCCUACCGCCUGGGGGGGCAGAUCUCCUGGCGGCUCAGGUACAUCGAGACUGACCGUAACCCGAGCGACGAGGACUCCCGGCGCUGGGACCUGAAGAAGCCGGCUGGGCUGAACCGGGGGACCGAGCGUCGAGACGCCGCCCCGAGCCUGUCCGCUCCAGCUGCGACCUGCCAGGCCGCCGACUCGAUCCUCGAGCACGACCCGAUCAUCCAGUUCGGCCAGGACGAGCGGCCCCGGCGCUGGAGGGCCCACCCGGCCGGCCCCAUCACCGCCCCGCGGAAGGACUCGCUGAUCAUGGCGACGGUGACCGGAGGCACGCUGGAGAGGUACGCGACGGCGGUCCACGAGUUCGAGACCUACGCGAAGGAGAGGCGCCUGCCGCUGCAGCCGCUAGCACGCCUGGACGACAGCCUCUCCCUCUACUUCGUGGACCUGUUCGACGACGGCUUCGGGGUCUGGGAGGGGCGCAACGCCUUCUACGGGUACAAGCUGCUGAAGCUCAGGACGACGGGCAAGGUCGACCUCCCAAAGGCGCUGGCCUCCCUGAAGGGUUGGACGAAGCGGGCGCCCGGGAGGAUGCGUCUGCCGCUGCCCGACAUCAUCGUGGACGACAUCGCGCUGGACCUGGUGGAGCACGGGAACCCCCUGAUGGGGGCCGCGGUGGUGAUCCAGACAGACACCUACACGCGGCCCUCCGAGACGGGCGGCCAGGACGACAGCCUGCUCGUGGGCGACGUGGCGAGACCCUGGCUCACGAGCGUGCUGCGGCUGCUCCACAAGCCCAACGUGUCGGACAAGAAGAAGAUCUUCGACUUCACCCUCGGCGACUACGAGCGCGAGGUGAAGAAGUCGGCCUGCCGCCUGGGCUACACCUCCCUGGGCGUGUGCCCGCACGUCUUCCGGCACUCGGGCGCCAGCAACGACAAGGCGCACUCCCGGAGGACGUUGAAAGAGGUUCAGAAGCGCGGACGAUGGGCAUCGUCCGCGUCGGUGGCUCGCUACGAGAAGGGGGCCCUGAUCUUGCAGCAGUUGCGCAAGGUUCCCUUGGCCAAGCAGAGGAAGGCGGCGGAGCGCAGCAAGCGCCUGCCGCAG